GGCGAAGUUUGCCAAGUGCUGCUUUAAAACCACAUAAGGCCUACGUCAUCGACAGACUGUCCAGGGUAUAUUUCCAACUUAAGUACUGCUUGUAGAAGCUAAAAACUGAAAACUAUUAUCUAACAUACAUUAGUUAAUUUUUCUAUUCAACAUUUGACUUUGCUGAUAGAGAUUCCUCUCUAGACGGAUUAACUCAGAAUCAAUCGAUACGUGGUCUUCUUCACACUUACAUGAAAACAACAGUCUACAACAAAUCUAUAAUUCAAACCAAACACGCAACCAUGCCUAGAGCGUUAAAAGUUGCUCUGAAGAAUAAUAGCAAUUCAGAUCAAGUCUAUGCGUACAUCACCGGUAUAGCCCUUCAACACAGAGGGCAACGUUGCUUUCUCAAAGCCGACGGAGAGGGUCUUUACUUUCCGCAAAAUCCACCCCGCAUUGGUUCACCGCUGACCGAAGACUGCGCCAUUCCCCUCGGAACGCCGGGGAACACGGUUACCGUCACGAUCCCACAAAUGGCCGGCGGUAGGAUCUGGUUUUCUCGCGACGCAAAGCUUACCUUCUUGCUUAACCCCGGCCCUGGUUUAGUCGAGCCCAGCGUCUUAAAUCCGACCGAUCCCAAUGCGGAUGUUGAUUUUGGCUUUUGCGAAUUUACGCUCAACGAUGCGCAGCUUUACGCAAAUAUUAGCUAUGUAGACUUUGUCUCGCGUCUGCCGAUAGGCAUCUCACUGGAGCAGGCAAAUGGCUCGGUCCAAAGUGUUACCGGCAUGGCUCCUGACGGCGUAGAUCGCGUCGCUGAGGGGCUGCGCCAGCAAGCGCAAAAGGAUGGCCGGCCUUGGGACAAGCUUGUAGUCAACCGUAAAGGUAAGAUUCUCCGGGUACUGAGUGCGACGCACGGGAAUGCCGUGCGUGCGAACUUCUGUGGUUACUACGAACCGUAUGUGAAUGAGGUGUGGGAACAUUUCCUCGCAAAGCAGAAAGAAGGCCAGGUCCUGAAAAUCAACACGCAAGCCGCACCAGGCAUUUUAAGUGCCCAGUUCAUGAGUAAUGGCGAGGUACAGAUCGGUAAUGAGAAGUUUGGUAAGCCAAAUACGGCGGACAUCUUUGGUUGCAACAGCGGUCCGUUCACAACAGGACCGUCCCCUACGCGUAACGCCAUCAUACCGCGCCUAGCUGCUGCAUUUGUGCGCACUGCGCUGCUAGAGGCGUACGAACAUCCUUCGCAACCGCACACAUUCUACCAGAGAGACCCGACAAAUCAUUAUGCUCGCAUUGUACACGAGCACAAUGUUGAUGGAAAAGGCUAUGCCUUUCCUUACGACGACGUGCAGCCAGAUGGCGGUGAUGAUCAGUCAGGGAAGGUCAAUGCUGGCGAUCCAGUAAUAUUCACGGUUACCGUUGGUGGCGUUCAAACCUAAUACAUGCAAUUCGCUACCCCUAGGUUCGGAAGUUUUCAUAAUAUCUUUUUUCUUUAGGCGUGUACCUGGUCAGGUACCUACCUAUCAUGGUAUCAAGGAAGAUUUCUAGUUAGAAAGCCUCAUGGUCAGGGGAUCACGGUUGAAUAACAAGGUACUUGAAAAAGGGAACAAAAUUGGUAACAAACUUAAUAAAGCAAUAUCGAAAUAAGUAUACCUCAUUUACCAUCUACGAUUAAUAUAAAAGCAAUCAAGUCUAA